AUGAUAUUUUAUGACGAAUAGAAAGUAAGAGAAAUAAGGAGAGAAGAAAAUUAAAAGGUAAAAACGUUAAAACCAUCCAUUUUAUAAUUAUUAUAAAGCUAUGGUAUGGAUACAAGUAUUGCAACAUAAAAAUUAAAUAGCGCAUUAGUUGGAGGCGAUAUGUGAGUUAGGAGAAAUCCUGAGAUAAUUUGCAUUAGUCAUCUUCAUACAUUUGAUUGUAUUUUUGAUUCAAUAUGAUUGACAAGUUUUAGGGAAACAUCCAUUUUAAGUGGCAAUUCAAUAUGCCUUGACUAAGUUGGUUCUAUAAACCAUUACUGCAAGGAAAGAAUUUCAAGGCAAGAUUUAGAGAACAAUCCUAGGACAAUUUUUGUAGUAUAAUCCCAAAAACCCAACAUGAAGGCCUGAAAAUCUUGUUAGCUUAAUUAUAUGACUAAAAAGAAUAUUUGAAAUACUGUAUAUCUUAUAGAGACACAAAUAUUAAUCUCACUAAAGGAAAAUUAAUAAAUGAAUUUCGGAAAAUUCUUACAUUUCUAAUGAAAUCAAUAGUGAGCAAUACCAACCUAGUAUUCCAAAUGCUAUGAAAUUCAUAGUAUGAAUAAUUGGGGUAUUUUGCAGGAUACAUUCCACAACACUUUUAUUAACUAAGCAAAAGUUUGAAAGACUGUUAGGAAGGGAAUUUAAAGCGAUUUUGGUGUAUUUAAUCAAAGUAGAUGGGAG